AUGCCGCAAUCUUCUUCACUCGCAAUCAAGGACAAAGAUAAAACUAAUAAUUUUAAAUUAUUUUCUACAAAGACAUUUAACGGUGACUCCAGUAAUCAACAGACAAUCAAACUUAAUAAAAAUAAAUCAACUGCUAUGAACAGUAUUCACGCCUUUGAUAAAAUGGACACUUCAAAUAAUGAUAACUCGUCGUCGGGCGGAUGGAUUGCAUCUACGAAAAAUAAAACUAAAAGAAUUCAUUCAAAUUCUUCCGAUCAGAGUUCACCACGAACGCCAAUAAAUAAAAAUAAAAAACUAUUUUUUUCCACAAAUCGGUAUGAAGUAUUAUCGCAAGAUGAUCCUCCGUCCGCACCUCCGUCGUAUGAUAAUAAUUUAGCUCCUAUUCAAAAUCCCAUAGAUUCUAUUAAUGCCACACCAAAAGUUCUGCGACCACCCCCAAUUUUUGUAAGAGGUUUAUACAACUUUCCUGACCUGUGCACUAAGCUUAUCGAGUUAAUCGGAGUAGAUAACUUUUAUUGCAAAUCAUCGACAGAUCGAGUGAAAAUAAUGACAACAAACCCUGAAUCGUAUAGAUCCUUGGUCCACUUCCUGAGAGACCAAAAAGCGAAAUUUCAUACUUUUCAACUUAAAGAAGAUAAACCAAUACGGGUUGUGAUUCGAAACCUCCAUCCAACUACGCCAACUGAGCUAAUUAAAUCUGAGUUUGAAAUGCGCCUAUUUGAAGUUAGGCAAGUCUCAAGUGUUCUCAAUAAAGUAAAUAAACAUCCAUUACCCUUAAUUUUUGUGGACCUUGAGCCAACUGAUCAGUCCAACGACAUCUACAAUCUCACGUCAUUACUUCACACGUUAAUAAAAGAGCCAUACAAGCCCAAAACUAUUAACCAAUGUUCAAACUGCCAAGAGUACGGGCACACUAAAUCCUGUGCACACUGUGUCCGUUGUGGUGCUCAACACACGACGUCCGACUGCCCAAAUCCCAGAGACGCCCCUCCCAAGUGCGCACUUUGUUCUGGAGACCAUCCUUCAAAUUACAAAGGCUGUUCGAUCUACAGGGACCUUCAACGACGCAAAAAAUCAAAGCCAAAUCAUCAAGUAGCUAAUAAUAUUAAUCCUAAAAAUAUACAUGUACAAGAAACGCAACCAGUGAAAGCCACCUUGACACCAUCCACUGUGAAUUAUACCUAUGCCCAAGCUAUUUCUAACUCCAACGCCAAUAAUACAAUUCCUCCUCAUCCAGAUAUUAAUGUACUAUUAGCGAAUUUCAUGAAUGAGUUCAAACAAUUAAUAAAUUCAUUAAUAACUCUUCUCACUAAAGUAGUCUCAAAUCUUUUAGAUAAAAAAUAA